AUGGCAACACCAAUAACCAGAAGCGCCAGCGACGAGCAGCUUUCUUCGCCCGAUCCCCUCAACGAUACGGUUUCGUCAGCGCUUUACCCUUCAUCUCGUCGCAUGACACGAAGCCAACGGUCGCAGCGAUUAUUUUCCAUUGGGGGCAGCAGUACUUCGCCUAGAAAGCAGACUUUUGAACUCGAGGUUGGGGACAAUCGCGCGCCACAACGGCUGCUAGUCACCGUUGAGGCCGAAGAUGAAUAUGAGAACGUCGGACGCAGACUCUUCAACGCCCAGACACCCAGUCUACGAAGAGGUGCGACCACAACCACUAUCCCGCUAGGUGGCGAUAGGAGAGUCACGGCUAUUAAGACCCCGGCGCGGAGGGGUCGUCCACCCAAGAAUGGCACACCUGGGCCCAGCAGCACCGCAACUAGGAAGAGAGCGGCGACACCAAGGAAAACGCCUAGACAAAGCCGCAAACCUAAGAUUGGGGAUUCAGACGAUAUCAAUUCUGAGUUGACAAUUAGCCAAGGCACGCCGAAAUCUAUCCUGCGCCGCACGACGCGCGCAUCAAGUCGCCAGCCGCGUGAGAGCUCUGCAGAUCCCGCGCCUUCGACCACUCGGAAACGCGGCAGGCCAAGGCGCGUCGACUUCAAUCCCGACGAGACCGUCCAUACAAUCGAGGAAGAUGAGCGUCAAGGUGUCGCGCCCUCGGACGACGGGCUUGCAGCAGGCAUGGAAGAGAUGGCUGUGGACGACAUGACACCAGCGCGGGAGCAACCAAUAGAGAAAAUGCCUGAUUCCGACCAUGAUAUAUGGAUGGAAACUUUGGAUGAUGAAGCAACACCUCGACCAACAAUGCGGACAAAUACAACUCUCCAACAUAGCCCACCUCCCGCUUACCUACAGGAAAAGAGCCCGACGCCAUCUGAGCAGCUCCAUUCCGAGGCUGGGGAUGAAGUUGAAUACAACGAUUACGAUUUUGGUCCAGGACCUGCUAGUGACAUUUCGUCCCUUAUUGGGGACGGUGAUGCCAACGGUGGGCUUCGAGAUCGAGAGCAGGACACUGUUGCUCAAGGCGAGGAUUUCAGCAUGAUUUUUGCAAACUCAAUCCCUUCGCUGAGAGGCAACAUGAGCGUACAGACGUCCGCUCCAGAGGAUUUCGGAGAGGAAACGAGCUUGAUUAUCAACAGAACCUUGGAAUCCCUGAGACAGAGUGGUGCUCUGCGUCUAGAUGAUGAGGAAGACGAAGUUGUUGGCGUACCCACUGAGCGCACCGUGGAGGUCUACAAGGAGACUACGCACAUUGAGGAAGAUCUGCCAUCGACAAGAAUUGAGGCACUUAUGGACUCCAUCGUUGAUCUCAACGCUGAGGCCAACACUGAACUCAUCCCCGAUGUUACCGGCGAAGUCAACGUUGAGUCCAUCGUGGACAUAAGCGCUGUUGCCCAUUCUCCUGUUGAACUCCCGGAACUGCCGACUCCACGUCUUCGUGCACCUUCUAUCUCCGCCAAUGAAGCAACGCCUAGCAAGACAAACCAGUCGCCCACCUGGACUCGAAGCAGUCCUCGUCGCAAGUCUAUCCCGUUGGGCAGGAAACUUCUUGAGUCCAAGGCACGCCAGAUGGAUGAUUCUUUUUCAAGUAUACCGUCCAAAAUCUUGGCCGCCGCGACGCCUGGAAAAAAGGCCUCUAGACGAAGUUCGAUGGCCAAUGAGGAGGUGUCUGUUAUGUACGAAGAUGAAUUUUCCGACAUCCCAGAAUCGUACCUAGAGGCCGCUACCCCUGGCAGGGCCCUGCAUCAGGUAGAGGACGCUGAAGUGGAAGACGUGCCUGAAGCCGAGCCGGAAGACGAUGUAAUGGAAGAACGAGACGAGACAGUCGAUGAAGUCCUCUUGAGACCUUCUCCGACGAAGAGCACUGCUCCGUCCAAUGCGAGCGUAUCUUUCACUCGCUCAGACUCAGGGAGGAUGUUGACACCAGACGACACCCCAUCUCCUAACGACAUACCAGCUCCUGAAUCGGAUGGCAAGACCAUUGAAGCACCCCAUACUUCUCCUCUAGCGGAGCAUUCACACCUGGCUGAAGAAAUGAGCCAAGCAGAGAGUCAACACAGGAGCUCUUCUCCCAUGAUCGAACAAUCUCAUCUGCCUGAGAGGAGCUCUUCUCCCAUUGUCGAGCAGUCUCACUUACCAGAAAGGAGCUCUUCCCCCAUCGCUGAGCAAUCCCACCUACCAGAGAGAAGCUCUUCUCCUGUCGCCGAGGAAUCUCAAUUACCGGAGACACGGUGUGAUAUCAGGAACGGAGGAAGAAGUUCUUCUCUUCCCGUCGGUGAUCUCACAACCAAUCUGCCCGCCGCAGCGUCUGAAUACAUCACACCAGUCGCUCCAGCGUCAUCGCCUAUUCCGUCGCCUGAUGCCAACCUCUUGGCACCUCGUGCAGCGUCACCCGAGAAUGGCGCUCGUCCGACCCUGUCCCCAAUAGUUCGGGCUGGCCGAGCUCUGCAGAGUGUCACGUCAGAUGCCUCAUCUCCUCCUCGCCAAAACUCCCUUGGUAGCCCAUUCAGACCUACUACGAGUAGUAGUCAGCCCCAAUCGGCAUCCAAGUCAAGAAACAGUUGGACUAAUCCAUUAUCGAAUCUGAUCCAAGCUGGAGCUCAGUUUUUCCAGUCGCCAACUCGACAGAUUGCUCAGCCUCCAGCUCAAGCUCCUCAAUCAUCAGGUCAACACUACGAUGAUCCUUUCGGCGCGGAGAACAACCAUGUUGGCCAACGAAGCUUCAUGGAGGCCCUGGCCAAGAGCAUGCGAAGUUCUUCUCCUGUGAGAGAAAAUGAAGCCCAUGCGUCCUUCUCUGGGUCUCUACGAGUCGCUCCAGCCGACGAGAUUGACGAGAUGAGUUGGAUGCAUGAGGAGCCUGCUCCUCGUGAGCAGCCUUUUGCUCAGUCACGCUCCGCUGACACUAGCAUGGAAGCUAUUGGGGAGUCAAUGGACAGUCAACAGCCUAGCUUUGAGAACCAAGUCGUCGAUCCCGCCGCCGAUGAAACUGAGGUCGAGGAUGAAAAUACACAGGAUGAAGAGGACGACGAAGAUAUCUGGGCGGUUGAGGCUUCGCGCCCAGCGUCCCAAUCAAGUCACCAGCAAGCCCUCGGUAAACAAUCCAUUGCAUCAAUCUCAGCACCACGGGCUGCUCUCCCAAGCCCUUGGAUGAGACGCGCCGAGUCACCCAACAAGCAGACAAUCUUUACACCUGCAGCAUCUCAUAACCGCAAACCGAUCGUGGGCGACAGCGAGGCAGAAGAUUUCUCCAUGCUCUCUCAGCAGCGCAGCCGUCAGAAGCAGAUCCCUCAGAAAGCUUUCCAGAUCUCUCAGCAGCCGUCAGGUAAGAAAGACUUGUCGGCGUUCUUCUCUUCCCCCGCACUUCUACCCGGCACGGAGGGUAUCCAGGAUAUUUUGGAAGCCAAGAAGCGUCAGAAUGCUGUCGCGCCGGAGGACAUCGCUCGGCCGUCUGAACGGUUCGCCACUGGGCUCGAGACGAACUCCAUGUUCCCCUCCAUCCCCCAGAAGGCAUUCAAUCCCUCCGCCAGCGGUCGUUCAGACCUUUUCUCCCCGGCCAAGUCAAGUGCUGUCAAGCCUCUUCAGGACACUCGCCGAGAGCUGUUUUCCUCGACCAGGUCUCGAGGUAAUGUCAGGCAUCCUUCCGAGAUCCCUGACUCUCAGCCCGCCAUGUCGGACGAGAUCACCUUCCCCUCCGUUGCGCAGAAGAAGAACUUCACGCCGAGGUCCGGUCAGAAGACCAACAACCUUUUUAGCAAGACGUCCGCUCCGGUUCCCUCGUUGACCCCGGUGCGUAUGCAGCUUACUCGUGCGGAUAUUAAGAAGUGGCAAGAAGACUCCGCCUCCGCUAUUGCCGAAGACAGUCCCCAGUCGCCGCGUCAGAGCCUCCGUCCUCUGCCGGACAGGAAUAUGUCGCCUAGCAAAUCUUGCCUCCGGUCUCCACUGAAGCCGCGUACCCCGGGUAGAGUGGUGGAGUUCACGAGCAGCGUCCUCUCCCCGCUGGCUCAAGCGCAGGCUCGCGCGGAGCGUCGUAUGUCCGCCAGCUCAAACGGUAGCGCGGCCGCUACCCAGCAGCGCAACAUCACCACUAUCGAGGAGGAUAAGGAGAAUGACGUUUCGGAGGAGAACGAGGAGAUGGACGUCUCCAUGACCGACGCUCCCGAGGCGAGCCCCCCUAAGCCUAUUGAGAAUCGUCUGUCGCAGACCAUGUGGUCACGAGACCACUGGCUGCUCUUAGACGAACUCAUCCAGUUGCGUCGGCAGGGUCCGUUCAACUUCCAGUGGCCGGCUGGUUUUCAGCCCAAAUCGGGUUGGUUGCUGGGGAAAGCUGUCAACUCGCAUGGUUCCAGCCUGGUUAUGGAGCAGUGGCACCUUGAUGUUGUUGACGCCUUCAAGGCCGAGGUCGGCGGUUGGGAAGAGGAGAUGCUCGCCAAAAGGGUGUUUUCAUUGAUUGUUGGGGAUCAGCUCCGUAAGGAGGGGCGCGCUCCCCGGGCCCCUUCGGUCAAGUUUGCUUAG